GUAUAAGUAUACUUGCCUUGCAUCCCAUUCUAAGUUAACGUUAGCGGGGUAAAGCAAUCAUUCGGAAACUGGAAGGAUGUCAACAUGGAGCACCAAGGUGGCUGCCAUGUCCGUAGCCGUAGCGACGGUGGCCGUUGUGUCUAUAUACGUGCACUGGACAACUAACAGAUCGACUUCCAAGCGGCACCAAGGACAACGACGGAUCGCACUCGCCGACCUCAACGCCCAGCCCAACUGGGUGUCUCUCUGCGGUGUGGUCUUCCACGUUGACGACGAAAAUCUCUUAGGCCGCGACGGCGUGUACGGGCCUAUUGGCGGCCACGACGCCACAGUCGCGUUCAGCGGACGCCUCUGCCAUGAUGGCAUAAACGGUGAAACCACUGCCUCCGUCGUGGAGUUGUCCCUCGACACCGACAUUGAGGAUGCAAUCACCGACAACGAGCGCACCGUGCUUCAAUCCUGGCUCGCUCUGUUUGCGUCCAAAUUUCGCAUCGUGGGUCAACUGUCAGAUCUGUAUUGCCAUCGAACGUGGGACCAGCUGCGGUCGCGGGUGCUGCACACUCAGUCUGACAGCGCCAACGUGCCUCCAUCCUGUCCCCUCGGGUUCGGCACUCGUCUGCGAACUGUAAGCCCACCGGCGCUUGAGACAAUGGACGGGUGCAGUCGCUGGAUAGACUUCAGCGGCACGCGAUACAAUGUGUCCGGCACGGCGUCCUUCGGCCCUGACUCCCCCUUUGGCACGUAUGUCGGCCACGACAUAACGUACGCGUUGGCCAUUGGAUCACUCGACCCGAAUGACCUUGACGUGGCCCUCACCGACGACAACCAGCUCACAUUCGCACAGCAAAAAGUGCUGGCACAAUACCACCACACAUUCCGAACCAAUCUGCCAGUAGUUGUUUCAUCGUCUCCGUAAAUUUUUGCGUGUGAUAAAUGGGAAUUAGUAGCCAUCCAUUGGUUCCAAAUCGUGAUUGCAGAGUGUGAACACAUACAACAGUAGAUAUAGCACGAGCAACUAUUUUCUGCUCCAUCAAACACGCAAUAAAUAUAUAUAUAUAUAUAUCCAUUUCCG